AUGAUAGCCAUAAUAAUACUAGUCCUGCUCGGGAUAACGGGGAUCGUAUACCUGUACUCGAUCCGGUGGCGGUCCCAAGCAAGAGCGCAGCUAUUCAUUGCGCGAGCCAAAUCGCGGAAGAGACUGAUAUCGGAAUCACAAUCCCACCCUCAGGGCCAAGCUACCACCCCGAUUCAAGUCACUGUUGUACGUGGUCGUUCGCGUGCUCCUUCACGGCGUCCUUCGCCGCGGCAGUCUGCGCCGCAACUUCCGGCCCCUCCUCCACGCGCGACAUCGACGACGUCCAGGAAGGGACAGAGGGGGAGGAGUAGACCGAAUGAGCGCCAGGAUAAUCGGCAGGAGUCUGGACUGGGGGCACCGAGAGAUCAGUCCCGGAUGUCGAAGAAAAGCAAGAAACAAAAGGGGCAACAACAAACAGGGCAGACUGCGGGUGAUGGUAAUGCGACGUGCUCUGGAGGUGCAGGCCAGCCGGCGCAGCAAGGGUGCUCUAAUCAGGCUGCAGACAAUGAGUGGGGUGUAGGUCUGGCCCAGCAGGAUGAUACACAAUACACGGGGCGGCAGGAUGAACUGUCGCAGCCUGGGCCUAAUAAUAGUGAGUGGGAGGCUGGCAAUGAGGCUGUUGUGGGGAGUUCUGGAGGGCCUACAUCUCCUGAUGCCGAGUGGACUAACACGGGGGAUAGUGGAGGACAGCAGGAGGCGUCACAGGGUGCAUGGCAUGCUAAUGAUGCGAUGGAACAGAGGAGUGGGCAGCAGCAAACGGGUAUGGGGGGUCAAGGGGAGCCCAGCUGGUGA